CUCCUCCUCCUUGGUCCGCCGCCGCUCGUUUCGCAGUCUCUGGGGUAUCUGGGCUUCUCUUUACUCUACUGUGCAAGUUAUACUGUCAUCAUAGGCCAGGAUGGCCAACUACAGCUAUGACGAGGCCGGUAACAUGGCCGCCUACUUCCUCCUCACGUUCCUGUCAAUUAUCUUGAUUCCACUCACACUUUCGUCCUUCUCGCCAUCACGAAAACCGCGAGUACUGUCGGGAUGUCAAUGCGGGGCUUGCUUAGAACAGGCGGAGAGCAUUCGGAGACGUGAACGAGGAUCCGUACUGUCUCCAAAAUUCAGACGGAGGACGUUCUGCCUCGCGGCAGGUUGGGCUCUUGUCGCGUACCUCGUAUACAAGGUUACGACGACACAAGUGGAAAACAAGGUGUACGACCCUUUCGAGGUUUUGGGCCUUGGGACAGGCGUGGAUGUCAAAACGAUCAAGUCACAUUACAAGAAGUUGUCUCGGAAAUUCCACCCUGAUAAGGUGAAACUGAGCGUCAACGAAACCAUCGAGAUGGUCGAGGCAAAAUUCGUGGAGAUCACCAAAGCUUACAAAUCCUUGACGGAUGAGACCAUCCGGAAGAACUGGCAAAUGUACGGUCAUCCCGAUGGUCGGCAGGAGGUGUCGAUGGGCAUUGCGCUGCCGAAGUGGAUCGUCGAGAGCGGCAACAACAUCUGGGUGCUCGGCGCAUACGGCCUGUUGUUCGGCGGUGCACUGCCUGCUCUCGUUGGCCGCUGGUGGUUUGGCAACAGGGACAAGACCAAGGAUGGUGUCAAGGCUCGCAGCGCGGCGGCGUUCUUCAAGAGUCUCAACGAAGACUCCAGCAUCGAUGAAGUUGUGGCCGGAUUUGUGAAAGCGUUUGAAUGGGAGCGCCCCAAGGCCACCGUGUCCAAGCGCGAGAGCGAGCUUGACGAUCUGGAGGAGCAGAUCAAGGAGCGUCUGAAAGGCAAAUGGAACGAACUAAACAAACUGGCCGAGGCGACGCCAGGCGAGCACGAGACGCGUCGCCGCGCAUUCAUACUCCUUUACGCACAUCUUCUCCGCAUUCCGGUCAAAAGCCCGUCGUUGCGUCAAGAACAAACCGAUGUGCUACUGCAGACGCCGACUCUGCUCAACUCAAUGCUCAACAUCAGCAUUUCCCGAAAUUGGCUUCAGCCGACUCUUGCCGUCAUGCGGCUACACGCCUACCUCGCACAGGCAAUCUCGCCCGGCCAGGAUAACCUCAGGCUUGCCCAGUUUCCUGGUGUCAGCCCAGACGAAGCUGCGACGCUCGUUCCACCCGAAGGGAAAGACGCUGUUUCUGGUCUCGUCGACGCCCUUGAAGGCAAGUCAGACGGCCGCGUCUCUGAUGUCAAGAAGGCCGUACAACGUUGGGGCAGGGCCGAGUUGGUCGGCGCCACACUCCGUGUGUUCGGCGAGCGGUACAUCACCCCUCAGUCGUACAUCAACAUCGUGCUCAAGCUCCGGUUGUCCCCGCCUGGUGCCCCGCACACGAAUGGGGACGCGCAAGCUGAUGCCAAGAGCGAGGAGCAGAGGGUGCAGGAGUUCCUUGCGGGCAAGAAGGAUAUGGAGGAUCUUCCGGGCGGUGAUGGUGUGAGCUACGCGCAUGCUCCGUACUGGCCCGCACGUCGCAAACCGAGCUGGUGGGCAGUGAUGUCGGACACACGAAGCAAUAGGAUUAUGAUUGCGCCCAUGAAGAUCUCCGACAUCCCGAUGGGUCCACGGUACCGCAUGUACAGACAGCAGUUCCAGGGACCACCGCAGUCUGGCCUGAACCGGUGGCGGCUCCAUCUGAUCAGCGACACCUUUGUCGGCGAGGAGAUCGUCCAUGACAUCGAGUGGAGGAUAGAAGACCCGGACGCGGUGAACGUCGUGGAGAUGGAAGGGGAAGACGAGAUCUCCGAACCCGAGGAGGACUCGCUCGCGGGCCAGAUGGCGCUCAUGCGCGGUGGCUCCGUCAAGCAGCACGACGGUGAGAGCGACGACGAGAGUACGACGGAUGACGACCGCGACAGAGACUCAGAGGCCGAGUCCUCGAGUAGCAGCGAUAGCGAUUGAGGUGUAAGACCUUGAGGACGGUGGAGGAAGGAUGACGCCGUUGGCGGUAGGACGGCAGGACAGGAUCGGUUCUUUGCGUUGUUUGGUGGAUGUAUUUAUUCUCUUUAGUAAUUCUGGUGACGUUGACGCUCUGACUCUCGGAUGACCGUUCUGAAAGCGGGCUGCAGGUGCCGGUGUCGGUGAGCAUAGGUCUUCAGAGACUUGCAUCGUACGAUUGGUCAGGCGGCUUGCGGUCGAUGCGGCAUGCUACAUGCGCCUAAAAAUGAUUGAUCUUGACACCACCGGACAGUCGACUCUCGUCGUAGGUGCUGCCUGACCAGUGCCUUCUCGCCUGUCAUAUAUCACUUCGACCAUCCUCUUUGUGGUCGUGAUUUGGUCCUUUCCCCCCUGAUUUUAUGAGUCUUGGUGACGUCGACAGUGAGCCAAUGUUAGCGAGAUUAGAUGUAUCGUUUAUUAAGGAUAUAACGGUGUACAUAGAGCGAGC